GCCAGUGUAGUGGUGUGCGGGCUGAGGUGCCUACACUAUAAAACCCGGACUUACGCACUCCUUCCAUCAUCACCAACAGCCACUAUCGCUUCGAUACGCAGUUAGCUCCAAACAUCAGCGAGACAGCCGGAGAAUCAGAGAAUCAGUGCUAUGUCAGCCCAGUACAACUGCCAACGGUGCCAUCUGCCACUUGUGAUUGACUCAUCGUUAACCAAUUUGACCAAGGCUCAGGGUCAUCUCCUCACAUCAGGACGAUUAGGGUAUGGACGUGAUAGGGACGACAACAGUGAGAAGCUACUGGGAAAUCCACCGUUUAUCCCUGCUGAGAGGCAACGAAGACUCGACAGAUCGACGAGUAAUGUUAGAGAGCCGGCUCUUGUUGAUUGGAGAAGUGAUGGCGACUCCUUCGUGAUACUGCCUCAGUUUGAGGGCCAGGAUGAGGACAGGGAAGACGACGACGAUGUUGAGGACAAGAUUGUCUCAACAAGGGUGAAGAUGCUGUCGUCGAUAUUCAACUUGCUCUCUUCCAAGGGUGACUUGGACUACCCUGUGUGCGGCGAGUGUGCAAAGCUGUUGAUUGAGAGUAUGAAAUUGCAGUAUGACCAAGUCAUCAAGGAGAGGGACGCCUACGUCCAGUUCUUACAAAAGUUGGAAAACAGGCCAGGACAGGAUACAGGGAAGUUACAAGACACCAUGGACCACAUUAACGACCUGAAGGGUAAGGAGGGUGACCUCUUGAAAGAGCUCCAGGGCCUUGAAGCUGAGAAUGAUCAACUCGAUGAUGAAAUUGUCUCCUUGGAGAAAGAGCUGGAAACAAUCGAUAAAGAGGAACAGCAGUUUCAGAUGGAGCUGAACAGACAGGCCAUAGAAGUAGACGAGCUCAUCAAAGAGCGUGACACUGUUACAGCGGAGUAUAAGUUCAACCUUCUACAAUUGGAGAAGCUUCGGAAGACAAACGUCUAUAGCGACACCUUCAACAUAUCCCACGAUGGUCCAUUUGCAACAAUAAACGGACUACGGCUAGGUAGUUUAGACGGCAUACGUGUUCCCUGGAGAGAAAUAAAUUCUGCUCUAGGCCAAGUGAUACUCCUGCUGGCUACAAUCACCACUAGGCUGAAUUUCAAGCUGGUGGGCUACAAACUGAAGCCAAUGGGCUCAACAUCGAAGAUUGAAAAGUACGAGCCUGACCCUUCCAACCCUUCCAAGCCAAAGGUCACGAUCUUGGAGGCGUACUCCUCUGGUGAUUAUCAAAUUGAACGGUUGUUUAACCAUUCUAAUCUUGAUAAUAGUCUUGUUGCCAUUCUUGACAUUCUAUCGCAGAUCUCAAACCAUCUGCAAAAGUAUGAUACCAACAUCGAAUUACCAUAUAAAAUGGUUAACCACAAGAUUGGUGAGGCAAGUAUAAGGCUUGGUUCCAAAGUUGCUGAUGAUGAAUGGACCAGCGCAUGCAAAUUCCUUUUGACGAACACCAAGUGGAUAUUGGCAUACUCCAGUGCACAUAUACCAUUACGAUAGUUUGAUUUUGGAUGGAACAUAUUUAUGCAAUAUACAGCUAUGUAGAUAGACCCAUGAAGUAUUCGAAAUUGGAAACGAGGUUCUUAUCCAGGCGAUUGAUGUAGUUGUUCAAGUUGGCGUCCCCGACUCUCAUCUUGACGACACUUAAAGAACUAUUGAUGUAGUCCUUCAGGAUGAUAUUAUGUACAGGAUCAUACAUCUUGAACAGUUGCUGAAACCUGUUAUACUCACCGUUCUCCUGAAUCACCAGAUCAUUGCCAUACUUGAAUUCGUAGAGAUAAUUGGAGUGGUAAAUCUCACAGUCACCGGUGUUGGACUUUUCGUGUACUUCUUCCAAGGAAGCAACCCAUAACGCAACCAAUGGUGCCAAAUCUUCCAGGAAGAUUUCAUCACCGGUGCGUAAUAGCGA